AAACGAGUGACCACCUGCUCCUCUGGCGUCAGCAGCAUCAUCCGCAGGCGGCGGCACGAUGGCGAUCGAUACGGCAGGAAAAUGAUCCAAGUGGGAGAUUUUUUUGGGUAAAGCUCGACAUGAAUUGGAAGAGAAAAACGAGCUCUACGCUGAAUGACUCGGCGUUACACGAACGCGGAAUAUAUGAUCAAACAUGCAACGUGAAGAUCUCCGAGUGCCCGUCCACCUGGGAGAAGCACACCUGAGACCUGGACGUCGGCUUGACCUCGACACAUCUUUCACGCUCUCCUACAACUAGGAACCAGAGGAGGCAGCCAUAACGAUAGACGUGUCCUUUUGUGUCCUGACCUGAGGAUGCCUCUGUGACUCGUCCCAUGUUGCAUCAGCGCCUGAGCUUCUGCUGAGUCAGCAGGGGGGGGACGGCGACAUCAUGGGUGUGUAUGCUCAAGUGUGUACUUCUUGUCAUGUGUGAAGCAUUACAAGGACUGCGCGUUAAGAGGAUGUUGCUAUGGAAGACCAACUUCUGGAAGAAAACUCAACGUUCCCUCUAAAACGGUAAAAGAAAUCAUGUAGAAAUUCCUGCUGGCUGAUAUCCAGAGAUAAAAGCAGAUAAAAGCCUGCUGGAGGAGUGUGUCUUCAUGGAUCCAGACAGAGCGGAGAGUCCCCCGUCAGACGCCCCUACACCCGUCGUCUCAGUCACUCUGCGUGUGACCCUGGCUGCCAUAAUGAUCUUCAUGAUCACCAUCGGUUUCCUCGGCAACGCCAUAGUGUGUCUGAUCGUGUACCAGAAGCCCGCCAUGCGCUCCGCCAUCAACCUCCUCCUCGCCACGCUAGCCUUCUCGGACAUCAUGCUCUCGCUCCUCUGCAUGCCGUUCACCGCCGUCACGGUGGUGACGGCCGACUGGAGCUUCGGCAGCGAGUUCUGCCGGGCGUCCAUCAUGCUGUACUGGCUGUUUGUGUUGGAGGGCGUGUCCAUACUGCUCAUAAUCAGCGUGGACCGCUUCCUCAUCAUCGUGCAGCGGCAGGACAAGCUGACCCCGCACAGAGCCAAGCUGUUGAUCGCGGGUUCUUGGGUGCUGAGCUUGUGCAUGUCUCUGCCUUCUGUGGUCGGGUGGAGGACGGACGUGGCAGGGGUCAGGGGUUCCUGGGCGCCGCAGUGCGUGCUGGGUUACAGCGACUCUCUUGCGGACCGUGUGUACACAGUGCUGCUGGCGGUCGCCGUGUUCUUUGUACCGUUCGGCGUCAUGCUGUACUCCUACAUGUGCAUCUUGAUCACGGUGCGCCGCAACACCCUGCGCAUCCACAACCACACCAGCGAGCACUCCUGCCUGCCCGCCCUCAACCAGGUCAGCAAAAUUAGUCUCACCGGGCUGCAGAAGCCGCCUCAGAUCAAGGUGGACAUGAGCUUCAAGACGCGAGCGUUCACCACCAUCCUCAUGCUCUUCGUGGGCUUCUCGGUGUGUUGGCUGCCGCACACCGUGGUCAGCCUGCUCGCCGUGUUCAGCCGGCGGUUCUACUACAGCUCCAUCUUCUACCCGGUCAGCAUCGGCACUCUGUGGCUCAGCUACCUGAAGACGGUUUUCAACCCGGUGAUCUACUGCUGGAGGAUCAGGAAGUUCAGGGAGGCGUGUCAGGAGUUCAUCCCCAAGAGCUGCAGACUGUGUCCCAGAGUGCCGGGCAGGAGCCACCGGAGAGUGAGGCCCAGUAACAUCUACGUCUGCAGCGAGACGCAGUCAGCGGUGUAAAACGACAAAGAUGCAAAAAAAAAGCCAGCGUCCUUUGUUGCAGCUGAAAACUGUUUUUAACUUUUCUACACAGUAAGCAAUCAGAGGCUACUCAAGUUUACCUUUAAAGAAAACAAACAGGGUUUUAACAUCUUACCACAAGAAUGAAUUUUCUCAGUUGAAGAUGCUCUUGUUGGUUGAACGUCAUCGCCUUCACUUCACAGGGGCGGCUGUGGCUCAGUUGGUCGCCUCUCAACCGGAAGGUCGAGGGUUCGAUCCCCAGCUGGGCAACAUGUCCGAUGUGUCCUUGGGCAAGACACUUAACCCUGAAUUGCUCCCGUUGCUUCAGUGGUGGUGUAUGAAUGGGAUUAGUUACCUCUGAUGGAUGAUACUACAUAGCGAUCACUACCAUCAGUGUGUGAAAGGGUGAGAAUGGGUGGGUGUGACCUGCAGUGUAAAAGCGCUUUGAGUAGUUGGAAGACUAGAAAAGCGCUAUAUAAGCUCAAGUCCAUUUACUUCUAUCAGUCCAUUCUGUUUUUCUCAAUUUUCACAAGAAAGAAAAAUGUUAACAGGGUACAAUGUUUGGCGGGAAUACACGAGUGAAAUGUCUGCUGAAACACAAUGUCGUGAAAUUGUAAUGUUAAAACCAUGAAUGUGAUCAAGCUGUGGAUGUUUACUUGAAUGUGUUAAUGUGUCAUGAAUGACCAAAAGUGGAAAAUAAAUACUGUUUUUAAAA